AUGCCUCAAAACGAACUGCUGGAUCUUAUCUACCAGUGUUUCCGAGAAUUCCGGUACUGGCCGUUUAAGGCUCUUAAGGCGAGACUGCAACAGCCUGAAGCGUAUCUCAAGCAGACUCUGGAGCUGACCGCUCACUUGGUGAAGUCCGGAGACUUCGCCAUGACCUGGGAGCUCAAGCCGGAGGCGAAAGAAAGCAGUUACGCAAGUGCGUGGGGAUAUGGAGAACCCAAAGAGGAGCUUCCUCCCGCGGAUUACAACGACGAGGCAUCGGACGAGGAUGCUUCUGGCAUGGAUAAUGACGAUACACAGUUCCAGAAUGUUCCCUGA